AUGACGUCGCCAAAAGGCAGUUUUUGGAGGGACUUGUUUGUAGGGUUUGUGGUGGUGGUUUUCCUGUGGCGGACGGCGUACGGCGCAGAGAAGAAAACGACGGCGGUGGUGAAUGUGGGGGUGGUUCUUGAUUUAAGCAGUUGGGCUGGGAAGAUGAGUUUGAGUUGUAUCAAUAUGGCGCUCUCCGACUUCAAUGCUUCUCAUCCGCAACUCAACGCCACGAUCGUUCUUCACGUCGUGGACUCUGAGGAUGAUCUUGUUCUCGCCGCCAAUCGAGCGUCGGAGCUAAUACAGAAGAGUGAAGUAGAAGCCAUAUUAGGGCCAGAAAGUUCAUUCCAGGCUGGCCACAUCAUCCAACUGGCUGAGAAAUCCGAGGUCCCAAUAAUCUCGUUCGCACCAUCAGCAGCCCCCGGUUUGUCCUAUCUAAAAUCUCCGUACUUCUUCCGCGUACCGUACAACCACUCCACCCAAUUUCAGGCCAUUUCCGACAUCGUUAACUCUUUUGGAUGGAAGCAAGUGGUUACCGUUUACCAAGACGACCAAUUUGGAAAGUCCACUGUCACUGAUCUCAUCCAGGCUUUGCAGAUACACAAUGUCCACACCGACAUUCACGGAAUCGACCCUGCAGUUUCUGAGGGUCAAAUUAGAGAAAAGAUUGAGAUAUUGAGUUUGAAUCAGGCCACAGUUUUCGUUGUCCACAUGGUUCCUAGCUUGGCAUCUCGAGUCUUCGCCAUGGCCGAUGAACUUGGGCUGAUGAGCAAAGGCUAUGCUUGGAUUAUUACUGAAGCCACGGCAAAUGGCUUAAAUUCGUUGCCCAUUUCAAGUCUCAGCUCGAUGCAGGGGGUUUUGGGAGUAAAGAAUUAUGUGCCGAGGACAAAGAAGCUCGAGGAGUUCAUUCUUCGAUGGAGAAGGAAAUUUCUACAGGACAAUCCAGACAUUGAUGACCCGAGACUUGAUGUUUAUGGGCUGUGGGCUUACGAUGCUACUUGGGCGCUAGCCAUGGCGGUGGGGGGUUCUGAGAGUGCUGUUGGGACGGAUCCCAAUUUCGGUUCUGGGGUAUCUCAUAAUGGAAGGAAAAUCAUGGAGGCGCUGUCAAAGAUACGCUUCAGAGGUGUGAGCAGGGGGGAGUUUGGUCUGGUUGAAGGCCAACCAGAGUCCCCAAAUUUGCAAAUUGUGAAUGUAAUUGGAGAGGGAGAAAUUAGUACGGUGGGAUAUUGGGAUCCUGGAUUUAAGGAGAAUGGUACAUUAAAGCCUAUUAUUUGGCCUGGAUAUUCCGUUCAACCUCCCAAGGGAUGGGUUCCGUUUAAUCCAAGGAAGAUACUGAAGAUCGCAGUUCCAUUGAAUAAUGAUUUUAAGCCUUCCGUCCUCAAGGUCCCCAACAUCGUCGGAUACUGUUUAGAUAUAUUCACGGCGGCUGUUAAUGAGCUUCCUUAUCUUCUUCCACAUGAAUUUGUUUGGUACGGACCUUCAUCGUACGACAACUUGAUUAUGGAAGUGUCCAAAGGGACAUAUGAUGGUGCGGUUGGUGACAUAACAAUAAUAGCGAGCAGAACUGCGUUUGUGGACUUUACUUCGCCAUUUACGGAACCUGGAAUCGCAGUGGUGGUUCGUGCAAGACAUGACUCGCUGAACCAUGCAUGGCUGUUCUUGAAGCCCUUGACUUGGGACCUUUGGGUCACAAGCUUCUGCUUCUUCGUCUUCAUGGGCUUUGUCGUUUGGAUUCUCGAACAUAAAAACAGUGAAGAUUUUCGUUCCGGUUCGCUGUCUCAACAAAUCGGCACGAGUCUUUGGUUCUCCUUCAGCAUCAUGGUCUUCGCUCAAAGGGAGAAAUUGACCAGCAAUCUAGCAAGGUUCGUGAUAGCGAUAUGGUUCUUCGUGGUGUUCGUCCUAACUCAAAGCUACACAGCGAGCUUAACGUCGUGGCUAACGGUGCAGCAACUCCAACAACCAGUCAUCGACAUGAGUCAGAUACUAAGAAACAACUUGAGUAUUGGAUAUCAAGAGGGGUCAUAUGUUUACGAUACGUUGAAGUUGUUAGGGAUAAAAAAUUUGGUGCCUUAUGCGUCAACUGCUGAACUUCAUGAUCUCUUCUUUAAAGGAGGCCGCAAUGGCGGCAUUGAUGCUGUCAUUGACGAGAUCCCUUACAUGAAGCUCCUUGUUGCAAGAUAUCCGAGUAUCUAUUUCAUUGGCAGUUCCCAAUACAAUAGCGCUGGUUUUGGAUUUGCGUUCACAAAAGGUUCAUCUUUGGUUGAUGAUAUGUCGGAGGCAGUGUUGAAAGUGGUUCAGGGUAAGAAAAUAAACGAAAUAAACGAGAAGUGGUUUGGGAAGAGCCUCAGCUUCCAAUUUGGCAGCGGCGGCGACGGCGACGGCUCGGAGGCGUCUUCUUCCAGCCUUGACCUCAGUUAUUUUAGCAGCUUAUUUCUCAUCACUGCUUCUGUAUCCAUCUUCGCUCUCACCUUUUAUUUCUUCCGUUAUUUCAUUCGCAACCAAACAUUCAACCUCUAUCUCAAUAACUCUUACUCAGCCACCGUAUGGAGAAGAAUUAGAGCCUCCGCCCCUUCCCUUAUUUUCAUAAUGAAAGACGACGACGGUCGGGAGGCUCGGGUCGGUGUAGAACCACCGGUGGCAGCAGAACCAGUGGCGGAGGCAUCUUUGAGAACCGACAUCCAGCUGCCGAGUCGAUCAAGGGUUUGACAAUUCGAGAUACGGAAAUCAAGCAUGUCUGAACUAUGUGUUUAAAUUGUAGUGAAGUUUUGUUUCAUGAAUACUUUUGGUACAUUCCCACCUCAUGAAUCUAUUGGAUUCAUUUGGUUCAUCUCACAUGUUAGUAUAUUAUAUCAUAUUGGUACAUGAAUCA